AUGGCUCGAGAAGCUGACAAGUAUCAGCGCCUCUUUGAGGAGGAGAGAAGGCUCCGAGAGGAAGCUGAACAACGCUUGCAUACCGUACAACAACAUCUCCAUGAAGAAAAGACAGCAGGCAAACGAACACGACAGGCCCUGGAAGCACUGGAAAGUAGAGUGAACCCAACAACUUUGGACGAUUACCUGCGAUCCUGCCAUGAUCUCUUUGCUGUACCGCUUAGCAUCCAGCCAAAUAAGUCCAAGUCCACUAAGGGCUCAAUCACUAAACCUACUGGCCGCUACUGCCCGACCAAUCUUCGCAAGUGGGAUGACUUUCUUGAUACGCUUGACGAAGUCUUUGGCAGGGUUUCCCGUUUGUUCUACCCACCCGGGAAACUCGCCAUAGGGGCGUUCCCAUCCGUUGAAGGCCUCAAGACCUUCGGGAAUGUUGUCAGUCGCCGACCGCUGGCUAGCGAGCUUGAUCUUAUGAGCUACGAGCGAUUUGCUGUCGAGACGCAGGUUUCCUUGAAGGCUGGACUAGAACCUAAAAAUUUCUGGGAAGACGUCGUGCAGAAUUUUGAGAUCCCCGUUCCUGAUCCCGAAAUGGGGGAGAAGGGGAAGGAAGAAAAAAUUCUCCACAACGCAAGGCAACUGACGGGUGCUGCCAUCACACAGACCUUUGAUUAUAUGAUUAAAGAGGGGUUGGAAUACGGGUAUCUCACUACGGGGGAUGCCUUUGUUUUCCUUCGCAUCAAGGAAGAAGACCCAACAACACUGUACUGGCAUCUUACCAACCCAGAACAGGACGCGGCAGCCUGGUGCAAUGGUUCUUUUGCUCACUCCCGGACGGCAAUCUCGUUGGUGCUCUCGUUCUGCUUGAUGGCAGUGAGUUCGCAGAGGCGAAGCCAGGAGUGGCGAUCCAACGCAUUUUCCGCGCUUCGCACCUGGGCUGUGGACGUUGAAUAUGUCCUAUCAAAAAUUCCGGAGGAGGAAAGAAGGCGAACGCCGUCCGUAUCCUCCUAUAUACCUUCGAGCCCGCUCUCCAGCCCGUCCCCCAACCCAGACCCGAAUAAUCAGCCUCGACGAUCACGACGGCUGCAAGGCUCUUGUGCGGACUCCGAUGAUCUUCCCAAUCGUCCACCCUCGGACGACUCUGAAGAAGAAGAAGAGCCCGGCAACCACCACGAACCCAACCCGACAGGAAAACGAUUCGCGGUUGUGAUGUCUCCGCCGCGACCUCCACCAUCGAAGCGACAGCGUAGUCCUGAUCGGGAACCAAACCGUCGGUAUUGUACACAACGAUGCCUUGUCGGAUUGGCCAAUAAAAGUGCUCUUGACCUGGCCUGUCCCAAUAUCAUGGUUCACCAACAGAUGAGCCACGACGGCAAACAUCCGAUCUCCAAGGAGAGGGUUGCAACCUUGCUUGAUGCUCAGCUGAAUAAAGACCGAGAUAAUGGAUGCUGGGAACUGAGGCGCGGCGGAGCUCGUGGCAUCCUCUUCAAGAUGACCUUGGCCGACUAUGGGUAUACGUUUGUGGGGAAGGGAACCAUCGAAAAGAUGAUACCCCAUCUCCAGCAUGAAUUUCAAGUAUACGAGUAUCUCAGCAAACUUCAGGGCAACUUGAUUCCCGUCUGCCUGGGGCGUGUCAAUCUCCAGAAGCCAUUCAUCACUGACGGCCUGGACUACAUCGUUCACUACCUGCUCCUUUCCUGGGCUGGGGAGAGCCAAGAUGAUAUGCUGCCUUACGAUCUAUGCCUAGAGCGAAGAAAGUUUCAAAAGGAACUACAUCGGUACGGUGUGACCCAUGGGGACCUUCGCGAGUCCAAUAUCACCUGGAAUGAAGAGUUAUCCCAUACAAUGCUGAUUGAUUUUGACCGAGCACGACUGGAUAGGAAGAGGCCGUUGAUCGGUUCGGGGUCUCGUGGCGUUAAAUCCGGGAAGCGGAGGCAGGUGUCUAGCCCCUCUGGCUGA